AUGCUACGAGGCAAUCACGAAUCGGCGGAUAUCAACCAAAUGUACGGUUUUCAAAUGGAGCUAGACCGUCGAUUUCCAGAACGCGGUGAAGGCCUCAAAUUGUGGAAUGCAUUCAAUGAUACUUUUGCGUGCAUGCCGCUUGCUGCCAUAAUCCACUAUCGAAUACUAUGCAUGCAUGGUGGGAUCGGACCCGAACUAAAAUCUCUGGACGACAUUCGAAAGAUGAUAAUGAAUGGUUAUGGUUUCUUUUGCAAGCGCCGACUGGUUUCGGUAUUUUCGGCGCCGCGCUAUCUUCAAAAUAAGAACAAUAAAUGCGCAAUAAUGCAGGUGGAAAAAGAUUUGCGGGUCGGUUUCAUUUUGCUAUGCCCGGUAACACCCGAAACCCAAGGCAAGCAUUUCUUUUUU